GUCGGCGCAGUGACAAGAUGGCGGCGGCGCGGCGGGCGCAGCUGGUGCUGGGGCACUUGGCCGGGGCCCCGCCGGGCCCGGGGGUCGCUCCCAGGGCCGUCCCCUGUGCCGGGGGCCCCCCGAGAGCCAGCAGCCCCGACGAUGUGGUGGUGGUGCACGGCCGCAGGACCGCCAUCGGCCGCGCCCGCCGCGGCGGCUUCAAGGACACGACACCCGAUGAGCUGCUGGCUGCUGUGAUGACAGCUGUGCUUCAGGAUGUCAACCUCCGUCCUGAGCUCCUGGGAGACAUCUGUGUGGGGAAUGUGCUGCAGCCUGGAGCUGGUGCCUUGAUUGCAAGAGUUGCACAGUUUCUAAGUGGCAUUCCAGAGACCGUGCCGUGCUCCAGUGUGAACCGGCAGUGCUCCUCGGGGCUGCAGGCCAUUAUCAACAUAGCUGGUGGCAUCCGAAAUGGAUCGUAUGACAUUGGCUUGGCCUGUGGUGUGGAAACAAUGUCCCUCAGAAGUGCAAAUAACCCUGGUGAUAUCAGUUCCAACAUGAUGGAUAACCCCAAAGCUCGAGAUUGCCUUAUUCCUAUGGGAAUAACGUCAGAAAAUGUGGCAGAGAAGUUUGGAGUUUCCCGGAAGAAGCAAGAUGCCUUUGCCUUGGCUUCCCAACAAAAAGCAGCAAAAGCUCAGCAGAUGGGACUGUUCAAAACUGAGAUUGUUCCAGUGAAGACCACUGUUGCAGAUGCUGAGGGCAACAAAAAACCAAUCAUUGUGCACCAAGAUGAAGGGAUCAGGUCCUCCACGACGCUGGAAGGCUUGGCAAAGCUGAAACCUGCCUUCAAAGAGGAUGGAAGCACUACAGCAGGGAAUGCCAGCCAGGUCAGCGAUGGAGCAGCUGCUGUUCUCCUGGCAAAACGUUCCAAGGCAGCGCAGCUGGGACUGCCGGUGCUGGGGGUGCUGAGGUCCUUUGCUGUGGUGGGGGUCCCACCUGAUGUGAUGGGCAUAGGGCCAGCCUAUGCCAUCCCUGUUGCUGUGGAAAAGGCAGGUCUGACUUUGAAUGACAUUGAUAUAUAUGAAAUUAAUGAAGCCUUUGCAAGCCAGGCUGUGUACUGUGUUGAAAAGCUGGGCAUUCCCAUGGAGAAGGUGAACCCCCUGGGAGGAGCCAUAGCACUGGGACACCCCCUGGGCUGCACUGGUGCUCGGCAGGUCGUCACUUUGCUCAAUGAACUGAAGCGCAGAGGGAAGAGAGCGUACGGAGUCGUGUCCAUGUGCAUUGGAACCGGCAUGGGCGCUGCGGCCGUGUUCGAGUACCCGGGCAAGUGAGUGCCAGUGCUGGCACAGCAACACCACAGCUCACUCUGCCUUCUCUGCAGAGCAAGUGAUUCCCACUGAAAUCAAGUGGGUUCUGGAUUUCUUACUAGAUCUACAAAUUUUAGGCAGAAAUUGUGAAUUAGAAUCAAUGGUGCAGCUCUGUGAAGAAGGUGAGGAAAUGCAAAACUGGCACAUGGCUUCCUGACAUAAGAAAUUAGCUCAGCUGAAAUUCAACUAUAGGCCCUGGUGUGGUGAUCAUGAAUUAAUAUUUUUAAUUUAAUUGAUCUCUUUAUUCUGUGAAUAUUACCAGAGGAAAGAAUAGUUCAUGGGACAGUAUUUUUGUAUGACGAAUUGGCAAAAAGAGUCACUCAAAAUGAAGAAUAUCAGUCCACGUGAAAAGACUUUUCCAGCAUUUCCUUAAAAGGUUUCACCAUUUUGUAAGAAGUUUAAAAGAGCUUGUUUUGAAGCAAAGACUUGACAUCUUUGCCUUUACUUACAACUGUGUCUUCCUAGCCCUGUCAGAAGUUGUCUGUGUCUUAAAUUGUCCUUACACUACAGCUCACUGCUGGUGGAGCUGCUCUGAAGCCUCCAGUGGGGGGAAGUGCAAGGACUGGAACAUAAUUUCCACAGGAAAUGCCUGAAUGGAAAGGUUCUGUUCAGUUGCUAGAUGCCAGGAUUUGGAUGUGGCCAUUCCUUGUUUUACAUGUGAGUUAUCAGUUUGUGUGACUCCAAGGACAAUCUUGUGCAUAAUCAUAUUUACUUACCUAACAUAAAGCAAAUUGCAGCACUACAUUCACUGCAAGCACUGCAUGAAGAUGAGUGACAGCUCAGUCCUGCAGUGCUAAUACAAACAUGUUCCAUCUUG